AAUCUUCAUAUUUUAUGUAUGAUUUCAGAUCCAGCUAUUGAAGUCCCAGACACGGAAACUACAAAUGUGAAUUUCUGAUCUAAAAAAACACUAAAACAUAAACCGUCAACUGCAACAAAAUGCUUCAAUGCUGGAAUUAUUAUCUGCUUUUAUUUUGCUUUGUGUGGAAAAAUGUUGUCACUUUAACCGAUGAUGCACAUAAAGUAUCUGUCGUUUCAAAUCGCUACAAUACGUACCAAAAAUUCAAGCCGCAAACCAACUUAGCUCCACACCACUUAUCUAAUGAGGCUUCGCAAAACUCGUAUAUUCCCCACGAAUCUCCUUUGUAUACUGUUACUCUGGGAACUGAAUCAUCGGUGGUAACAACUACAAAAUCUCCGCCUAUGGGAUUACACGUAUCUCAUAAUGCUGCAUUGCAUACUGGAAGUGGUAGUGGACAUUCGACUCAUAUAGAGCAACAUUUGCAUAGAAGUUCAUACAAUCUGCUAAGUGAAGCCAUGUCGCAGGCAGUCAGCAAUGAAUUCACCAACGUAUAUCCGGGCUUUCCCUUGGUUAGCCCUCUCCUACCGUGCCAUUACCUUCAUGUAGAGGGACGCUGCAUCUUGGCAGACGAUGGCUUUUACUCUGCCCUGAUAAGCUCUGCUCCUGUCUUAGACGCCAAUUAGGAACUUUCCCUUCGCGACUUCGGCAAAUGAGCUUGGCACCCACCUCGGUAACCGAUUUCACCCUGGGAUUUCCAGACGUCGAUUUUUGCGAUCCCAACGAUUUUAUAGAGGAAUAUCGUUCUCCUUUGUGCUGGUGUUAUUUAUGCCCGGUACUCGAAGAUUAUAGAGGUAUAUUAGAUUUGCGGGGAAAGUGGAUGUGUGUAAAGCCCAGAAG